AUGAGCAGCGCUGGGGGCGGUCGGGGGGCGGUCCGGGCAAGCCUCCUUCGGGCCGAGACCCAGCGAACCUGCCCGGCUCCUUCCGCUCGGGCUCGCGCGCAAGUCGGCCAAUGGCCCGUCCCGGUCACCAACGCUGACGGCCUAGAAGCCGACCGGCCCCAGCUUCUCCAGACCCCGCCUCAGAACCGCGUCCUCCACCCGCUCCACAGCAGCUCCUAUACCACAAGCUCCCAUACCACAAGGCCCCCGUACAAAAUGGCGGCUUGGCCUAAGGAACUACUAACCAUAGAGAUGCCCGCCUUCCGCGGAGAGAGCGCCGACCUCUGA